CAGUGAGAAACCAGCAACAAUCAGAAUGUCUGCUGAUCCGGACAAGAUGGAUUUACCUUCACGGCCUGAACUGUUUGAUUUCCAUGGAGUCUCAAUGAUACAUUAUUUCACUGACAACUGGAAGAACGUUCAAAACUUUCAAGCCAGGCCAGAUGAUAUACUUAUUGCAACAUACCCCAAAGCUGGAACCACAUGGGUCUCCUACAUCCUUGACCUGCUGUAUUUUGGCCAGACAGCCCCAGAGCGUCAGACAUCCAUCCCGAUUUAUGAAAGAGUACCUUUCUUGGAGAGCACUAAUUCAGCUGGAGUUGAACUGGCGAACAACCUUCCCACCUCUCCACGACUCAUUAAAACUCAUCUUCCUAUCCAAUUUGUGCCAAAGUCCUUUUGGGAGCAAAACUGCAGGAUGAUCUACGUGGCCCGCAAUGCCAAAGACAACGUGGUCUCUUAUUUUCAUUUUGAACGCAUGGACAUGUCUCAGCCACAUCCUGGAGACUGGAGCAGCUACCUCCACAGAUUCAAAGAGGGAAAGAUGGUGUUUGGACCCUGGUAUGACCAUGUGAACGGCUGGUGGAAGAAGAAACAGACUUACUCAAACCUCCAUUACAUGUUCUUUGAAGAUAUGGUUGAAGAUACUGGACGGGAAAUAGAGAAACUCUGCCACUUUCUUGGUUUGUCUCCUUCAGUGGAGGAGAAGAAACAAAUUACAAGUGGAGUGCAGUUUGAUAACAUGAAAAAGAACGACAUGGUCAACUAUUCAGCCUUUCCUGUCAUGGAUUUCAAAAUAUCUCCUUUUAUGAGAAAAGGGAAGGUUGGUGACUGGAAGAACCAUUUCACUGUGGCCCAGAGUGAAGAGUUUGAUGAAGACUACAAGAAGAAGAUGAAGGACCCUACACUUCAGUUUCACACUGUAAUCUGAACAGGACGGGACAGACUGUGUAUCUGUGGAGAUUGGUCCAUGAUUGACUGGAUGUGUGGCAUUUCUGUAAAAAUGAUCAAACCAAUAGUCAUUUUUGGAGGUGAAAAUGUCAGCCAUAACAAGAGAAUGUAUAUGUAUAAAAUAUUUGAUAAU